AUGUCAGUAAUCGAAAAUAAUUGCCAGCUCUUGGAAAAAGUACUCCCUGAGGUGUUAUUUACGGUAUCUUCUACUGGUGUGACAAUUUCGUCACCACGCCUCAUAACCACACGUUUUGUGGAGUUUGACAUGGCAGGAAAAUGUAAAAGUUGCAGGGGAGAAAAUGUGGACAUAGAUUUUAUUGUUACUCCAAAGGACGUAACCUUAUAUUGCAACCGCCUAAAAUCAGAAAAAGUGGUAAUGUUCGAUCAUAUUUAUGAAAUUCCUCAACAAUGUGUUUUCCGUGUACGGUCAAAAGGGAAGAAUUUCAAUAUUUUACACAAAGAGCAAGUCUGGAAUGAAAAACAGUUUAUCACCGGUAAUGAGCAAAUGAGUGUCAAGGAAUUUUUGUCAAAGUUUACACAGAAGAAGGCUCAAGUAGAGAACGAAGAAACGAAAGAAAAUAUAAAAGAAGACGAUAAAGAAAAAAUAAUAAACGAUAAUUCAAUUACCCCUCUUAAUCAUUAA